GUUAUUUCGGAGUGUCGUUGCUGACACGUUGCGAAUAAAUCAAUUCUGCAUUUUCUAUUCCACUGAGUUCUGCGAUUUUUUUCGCAGAAUUCGGUGAAUUUGAAUCAAUAAAAUGUCAGUAAUCGAUAAAACUUCAUCAGCAGUCAAUCCUUUACGAGAAAAAGUGACUACUGCAUGUGCAAAGAAGCUGUAUAAUGACAAGGAUUGCAUCAAAAUUGCUGAUUUCAUCACUCCACUGGUCGAAGAUAUGAACCUUGAUUCAAAUGUUGAUAGGAAACUACACAAUAAACUAGAACGAUACGAGUUGAGACUAAACAAGGAAUAUUUGAGCGAGUUCGAAAAAAUAAAUAACAUUGUGCAAAAAUUCGAUGAGCUCUGUGUAAAAAUGAACUCCACAUGCACGAAUUUAUCAAAGCAAAUGGAGACUGUAAAGUUCAAAAGUGUUGAUUUGGUGCAGAAAACAGCAAGCUUGAAGGAGAAGAAAGCGAGUAUAGAAAGCCGUUGUAAUAUGAUAAAUGAAUUUCUCGAAAACUAUUCUUUAUCAAGUGAAGAGCUUCGAGAAUUAGACGAAUGUGAACAAAGUGGUCAUCUAUCGGAAUUUUUCUUCAAAGUUCUUGAGAGGUGCCACGAAAUUCGCGAGAACUGCAGAAAUAUGGUUCAGGAGCAAGGACAUCUUGCCGCUUUUGAAGUGAUGGAAAAAAUGCAAAAAAUUGACGAAAGAAGCCAUGCAAUUAUCUGUAACAAUCUGAAACGCGAAUUUCAAAAUCUGACAGUUGAUUCUCAUCAGAAAAAGCAAAUUCUUUCUAAAGCUUUCAAAAUCAUAAGUCAGAAUGAUGCUGUAUUCCAGCUUGCCAUUGACCAAUACAUUUCAUCUCGCUCACAAGAAUUGCUCAAUCAGUUUGUUGAAAUUAACAAAAUGGCUGUCCAAAUGCCUGAAGGGUUGGCAGAACCACUGAAGGCAGUUGGAGAUAUGCUGACUUCGAUUCACGAGCUCACGGAGCAAGAAAAACAGUUGUUCAGCUCAAUUUGUUCCGCAGAAAAUCUUCCGAUCGUUCUUGAUGAAUGCCUGAAAUCUUUGACUUCGCCGUUCAAGAUUAGGGUAGAGCAACUGCUGUCGACAGAAAAAAAUGCCAUCACAAUUUUCAAAAUGGGAAAUAUUUUAAUUUUCUAUGCAAACAAGUUCGAGACUUUGAUUCGAAAAGAUAGUUAUUUUACAAUAAUGCUCGCAGAUCUCGUCAAAACAGUUCGUCAAGUAUGUAUUGCCGGUAUAAAUCAUCACGUGGACGGACUUAUGAGAAAGAUGACAUCACCACACUAUGAUCUCCUUCCAGUCCCAGAAGUUCGGCAAUGCCUUUCACUUUAUCACGGGCUUAUUUCAAUUGCUGUAAAAACAGGAGAUUUGAAUCUUCUUCUUGAACCAGAAAGGAUCUACGAAUAUGUCUUGGAACCACUUAUUCAGACGGUUCAACUCAGUGCAACUCGUCUGAAAUCUGAUAUUGAAGUUUCUGUGUUCACAAUUAACUGCUUAACAGUCAUUAGAAGUGCAAUCUCGGAAAUAUCGGCGUUCAAGAAGAAGAUUGAAAUGAUUGACGCGAUGAUCGAAGGAAAUUCAGACGUAUUGGUGUCAGUUCAAGUAUCGGAAAUGCUCGAAAAAUCUGGAAUUUUAGAAUUAUAUCAGAAGUUCAAUGCAGUAAAUCCUGCUGAAAAGAAGCCGUUGUCCACUCUACCUGGCUUGGAAUCUACCACAGUUGGGGAAGCUAUUGUAAUGUUCACGCAGUACCUUCAUAAUCAUGCAUCCUCUGACCACACUUACGAUAUCGACCAACAAAUUUUGGCUUCGGAAGAACGUCAAAGAAUUCGCGAACGAAAUACACUGGAAUUCCUCAAAGUCUACAAAAUGAUAGUAGAUCGUCUCGGAAAUCCAACAAAUGGCUACGAAAAUCUCCACUACCUCCCGAUUGAACAUGUGGAAAGUGUUCUGAAAUUUGAGAAAGAGAAGGAGAAUACGCCUUCGUCUAACGAAUCGGAAUCGCUCGCUUAAAUUUGUUUGUAAUUAUUAUGUUCACAUAUAGUUUAAAUUAUUUAUUUAUUUAAGUUUAUUGCCUUUAUAAUUUCUUCGGUUCUAACCUUUUGAAGUGGGUUUAUUAUGUGAUAGUAAGUGCAAUUCUUGUUUUUUUGUUUUCAAUUGUUUUCCUACUUUCUUUAAAUAAAAAUAAAACUGGAAAUCCUUUGCAUU